GAUGGCUUCCCCAGAGAUCGCAUCCCUGUCCUGGGGUCACAUGAAGGUUAAAGGAUGCUCCUCCUCCUACAAAGACUGCAAAGUCUGGCCCGGGGGAAGUAGGACCUGGGACUGGAGAGAGACUGGAACUGAUCAUUAUCCAGGAGUUCAGCCUUCUGACCUGGAGGAGGUGCUAAGGAAGGGGGUGGACACUUUGGUCAUUGGGAGGGGUAUGAGCGAAGCUCUGCAGGUACCUCCUGCCACUGUAGACUACGUGAAGAAGCAGGGGGUAGAUGUGGUGGUACUUCAGACUGAAAAGGCUGUGAGAGAGUACAACUCCCUGGCUGGGAAGGGAGCCAAGGUGGGCGGGGUCUUCCAUUCUACCUGCUGACGACAUCAGACACAGCAAUACAGCGGCCUCAGCAGGUGGCAUUGCGUACCACAGCAGGCUCCCAAGUCCCCCAUCUGCCUGUGUAUUUAAGGUGAGCUGGCGGGAAGCGUAUAAGGGUGUAAAUGGAUUUUUAACACUGGCUCAUCUUUUGUUUUGGCUGUAAAAAAUAAUAAAGAGGCUACUUUGA